ACUGCGCAGUCGCAGCAAGGGUGAAAGAGUGACACGAAAGGCCCGAGGAAGGCCGGAAGUCCCCCCGGCGCCUGGGGUUGCUGCCGGUCAUUCCUUGGCCCCGCCCCUUCCCCCGGGCUGGAGGCGGGGCCUUUGGAAACCUGAUGCUUCUGGUUCUGGAGCGCUGCAGCUUGUUGCAAAAAAAAAGAGAGAGAGAAUCACGGCAUGUGUCUGCUAAGCAACGCUGAGUUCAAUGGGACUUCUUGCUCAAGGUUGCCAUGAUGUUGAUGCAAUCUAUGCCACUAGCCUUUGCUAGCUGUUUCUAUGUGCUUGUAACUUCUGCUGAUGAACAAUUUCAGGAAAUGAAAUGAGCUAGAAGAGGAGGAGGAGGAGGAGGAGGAGGAAUUAUUUCACGUGUAAAUUGGGGCUUGAGAACUCAAGUCUGCAGAAUGAAUGAAAGUGGGAAAUCUUCAGAGAAGAACAUAGAGGAGGAUGCAAAAGAUUAUAGAGACUUUCCUGAGAGCUUUAACCAGCUUGAAUUGUUGGAGACCCACCGGCACUUGAUCCCCACAGGAACACAGAGUCUUUGGUCUGGAGAUUCUGACGAUGAAGAUCAGGAAGAAAAAACCGAGGAAUGGUACCAGGCCCAAGAGAAGAAGCUGGAAAACAACCCAGAUAAGCUUCUGCUUUGGGCAGCAGAAAAAAAUAGACUCAGCACGGUGCAAAGGCUCCUGUCUCAAAACCUUGCUCCAGUCAAUGUCCAGGAUGAAGAUUUCUAUACCCCUCUCCACCGGGCUGCCUAUAACGGGCACUUGGAAGUUGUACGGGAACUGAUUGCCCAUGGCGCGGAUGUCCAUGCCUUGACGGUGGAUAGCUGGACUCCCCUGCACAGUGCCUGCAAGUGGAACAACACCAAGAUAGCAUCGUUCUUGCUCCAGCAUGGGGCAGAUAUCAAUGCUCAGACCAAUGGCUUGCUGACUCCACUUCACCUUGCCGCAGGGAACCGGGAGAGCAAGGAAACCCUCGAACUCUUGCUCAUGAAUCGCUACCUAAAGCCAAAUCUCAAGAACAACUUGGACGAGACGGCAUACGAUAUUGCCAGGAGGACUGAUAUAUAUCACUACCUGUUUGAGAUUGUCGAAAGUUGCACAAAUUCUGCGUCCGAUUCUUAGAAGUUGCAUACGUUUGAAUGUCGAAACACACACACUGCCAGUAGCCUUUGUAAGAAGUUCUCUUUGUAAUUGCACUCAAAAGUCGGUGCUUUCAGCCCCACCUCUUUGGUGUAGCUUUACUCUGUGAGAUGCUGAAAUGAGGUCUCGUUUUGUUACGAUGUCAUUAUUUUUAUACUAUAAACCACUCUACCCUUAAACUUGUGAAACAUUUCCACUUUUACUUGAAAAGCUCUGGAGGAAUCCUAAAUAUCUUGGGGCUGUUUCCCACAUUGACUACUUAACGUGGCAGAAGCACUCCCAUCCGUCAAUCUCAUAUCCCAAAGCAUGGGAAUACACAGGAGUUGGGAACCAGCAUUGUUUGAAACAUUUGGGGUGUUUUGUUUUUUCCUUUUAAAACCAUUGAGAAUUACUGAGACCUCUCUGCUGACUUACAGGGGCUGUGCAGCAUCCAGGCAGUUGUAAUGAGGUUAGCAGCUGCCCAUCAACAGAGGAAAAAUACCUUCUCAGCUAUUAAAAACUGAGCUACCCUGAAAUCAAAAAGUGCAAUGUGAUGGUCAGAUUUCAGUGUCUGGUGCAAUAUAUAAUAUACCUUGUCUGCCUACCUUCAAACCAUAACAUUUUAUGUGCUCAGAUUUUGCUUUUUAAAGGGAUAACAUGAAUGAAUGGAAAUAAUAUGCUGGGAUGACAUUACUUAUUUGAUGGCUGUGUGAGCAGGAUUUGAAUCCUCAUUCAAUCCUACUGAUGGAUUCAAUUGUUGAAAGUUACGUGGAUUCUUUGCUUACUGUUGCCCUCCAUAGAUGCUUAACAGCGAUAGAUUUUUUCAAAAGCAAACCUGGGAGCAGAAAACCUUACCUGGAAGUGGCACUAUGGAUUUCAGAACUUGGUGAUUCAUGUACUUUCUUCCUUUGUUACAUUUUCAUAUAAUGGACAGGGAUGAGCUGGAUGUCAUUCAUGAACGAGAAGUAGCCUGUUGUCACACACAGAGGUUUUAUCCAUUCCAAAGAUACUUGGGGCUGGUUCACAUAAUACUUUUAAAAUACAAGUUUGAAAAAAUUCAUGUAAACAGUAGGUGUUGUCUCUCUACGGCUACAUAUAAUCCCCCCCUAUAAAUCUUAUUGGCUUGUACCAGAUAGAAAUUGGUACAAAUAGGUUCUCAAUUUCAUGUACAGUGUCAAUGGGUAAUGUAUGAAUUGACAUACAUGUAAACACUGUGUUUGCUCCUUUUGAAUGUCUUGUGUGAAUUAGCCCUAAAUUAAAAGUCAGACCCACUGACAUUGGGUGGUAAUGUGAUGUUACCUCAUAACUCGAUUCACUGAGGCUGUUCUUGAAUAAGUGGCCUAAAGGCUACAAUCCAAAACUUGUAAGCUAAAACCCACUUAACUCUGAAAUAGACAAACAAUCAUCAGUGGUAGAUCAGCGAGGGAACUCUGGAGCAAAGUGGCUUGCGUAUUGAAGCCAACAGUCCUUAAUUUUGUAGUCCAAAGACCCAGUUCUGAUUACUACUUACAAACUUGAACUUCUUGACUAAAUGUGACACUGUGUGCAGCACUCCAAUGUGGUCUAUAAACUACUUGAAUUGACCAGAAAAUUACUAGUAUGUUAUCCUGUUCAUUUAUCAGCAGACUUUGCUCCAUAUAAUUACAUAGUCCCUGCUAAAAUCAGUAAAAUAAUUUCCCUAACUUACUAGAAAGUAAGCCUCAUUGUAAUUGUAAUAGGCAGGUUUAGUUUUCUGAACUGAUUACCAGUGCUUAGCAUUAGGCUACACAUUCUGCUCUUCUAACGGCACCUCUAAAUAAAUGUUUCAAGAUUUGACAUCCAAGCCAUUUUAAGUUAGUAGUAUGCUAAUUAAAGUGGCUAGCAGAUCACCAUCUUAAGGUUGCACUACAAUUUUAGACUGCUUGGGAACCAGUUUAAAUGUGACAAUUUCUCCCAAAAGAACACCAUGACUUGUAGUUUUGUCAGUGCUGAGGCUUCACUGGAAAAUGAUUGCCAGUUUUAUCUCAAACUGCAAUUGCCAUUCUGUGGUUGGGAGCUGUGACUAAUAAGCAGGUCUGAAACCAUUUUAAAGGUGUAGUGUAGAAAAAGGAAUUUUGUAGUACGUCUUUAAGUAGUGCAAAAUUGCGAAGAUCUACUGUAACUGAAAGCUGUAAAGCACUAGUAUGUUGUAACAGAGAGAACUGGAGUAUUUAUUAUUGUAUGAAACGACAAAUACAGAUGAUAUCAAAGUUCACUUUAAAUAUUUUUUUAUUUUUUGUGAGGUACUUGUUAAUGUUUGAAAACCGCAUGAAAAGUGAAAUGGAAUGUAACUGAACUUAAUACAGGUAACACUUGAAAUACAGUAUACUGUAAUUCUGCUGUGAGUCUUAUUUAAAAAUAAAAUAUUUAGCACAGUGAAACGUGA